GGUGGCGGCGGCAGGAAGGGCCAGAGCGGCGUCUCCGGCCGCGGGUGUCCACUCGGUGGUCUGUCCGACAGCUCCCGGCCCCCGGACGGAGGACGCAGUCCUUAACGGCCCCCGUAGUCCCGGGCGCUGGCCCGGGCGAACCGCCGCCUCCGCCCGCGGGACGGGCGCGGGGCGGGAUGUAGGGCGCUGGGCGCGGAGGCCGCGGGCGCGGCAGGGGUAGCGCCUAGGGCGCGCCGAGGAUGGAGAGAGCGAUGGAGCAGCUCAAUCGCCUGACACGCUCGCUGCGCCGCGCGCGCACCGUAGAGCUGCCGGACGAUAAUGAAACUGCUGUUUAUACAUUAAUGCCAAUGGUUAUGGCUGAUCAACACAGGUCUGUUUCUGAACUACUAUCAAAUUCAAAGUUUGAUGUCAAUUAUGCAUUUGGACGUGUGAAAAGAAGCUUGCUUCACAUUGCAGCAAAUUGUGGAUCGGUGGAAUGCUUGGUUCUGCUUUUAAAGAAAGGAGCAAAUCCUAACUAUCAAGAUAUUUCAGGCUGUACACCCCUUCAUUUGGCAGCUAGAAAUGGGCAGAAGAAAUGCAUGAGUAAAUUAUUAGAAUACAGUGCUGAUGUCAACAUUUGUAAUAAUGAAGGCCUUACAGCAAUACACUGGCUGGCUGUGAAUGGGCGGACAGAACUACUCCAUGACCUUGUACAGCACGUCAGUGAUGUCGAUGUUGAGGAUGCGAUGGGGCAGACAGCGCUGCAUGUGGCCUGCCAGAACGGUCACAAGACGACAGUGCAAUGCUUGCUAGACAGUGGUGCUGAUAUUAACAGGCCGAAUGUAUCAGGAGCCACUCCAUUGUACUUUGCUUGCAGUCAUGGUCAGAGAGACACAGCACAGAUUCUUCUGUUGCGAGGAGCCAAAUAUCUGCCAGAUAAAAAUGGAGUAAGCCCUUUGGAUUUAUGUGUGCAGGGUGGAUAUGGAGAGACUUGUGAAGUAUUAAUUCAGUAUCACCCUAGGCUUUUCCAGACAAUUAUUCAAAUGACACAGAAUGAAGAUCUCCGAGAAAACAUGUUACGGCAAGUUCUGGAGCAUUUAUCUCAGCAAAGUGAGAACCAGUAUUUAAAGAUUCUAACAAGCCUUGCUGAAGUUGCCACAACAAAUGGUCAUAAGUUGCUGAGCAUAUCUAGUAAUUAUGAUGCUCAAAUGAAGAGCCUUUUAAGGAUUGUGAGGAUAUUUUGUCAUGUCUUUCGAAUUGGUCCAUCCUCUCCCAGUAAUGGAAUCGAUAUGGGCUACAAUGGGAAUAAAACUCCAAGAAGCCAGGUGUUCAAGCCUCUUGAAUUGCUUUGGCACUCAUUAGAUGAAUGGCUAGUUUUAAUAGCUACAGAAUUAAUGAAAAACAAAAAGGACUCAACGGAUAUCACUUCUAUUUUACUGAAACAAAAAGGCCAAGAUCAAGAUGGUACUUCCAUUCCUGCAUUUGAACCUCCAGGACCUGGGAGCUAUGAAAAUCUAUCCACUGGCACAGGGGAAUCUAAACCAGAUGCUCUUGGAGGGAAACAGGAAGCCAGUGCAGACUGCCAGGAUGUUAUUUCUAUGACAGCUAACCGGCUAAGUGCUGUCAUUCAAGCUUUUUACAUGUGCUGUUCUUGUCAGAUGCCUCCAGGAAUGACUUCACCCCGUUUCAUUGAAUUUGUCUGCAAACAUGAUGAAGUUUUAAAAUGCUUUGUUAACAGGAAUCCCAAGAUUAUAUUUGACCACUUUCACUUCCUCCUUGAAUGUCCUGAACUGAUGUCAAGAUUCAUGCAUAUCAUAAAAGCACAGCCAUUUAAAGAUCGCUGUGAAUGGUUCUAUGAACAUUUGCAUUCAGGACAGCCAGAUUCAGACAUGGUGCACAGGCCAGUGAAUGAAAAUGAUAUCCUGCUAGUUCACAGAGAUUCUAUUUUUAGGAGUAGCUGUGAAGUUGUGUCAAAAGCAAAUUGUGCAAAGCUAAAGCAAGGAAUUGCUGUACGGUUCCAUGGGGAAGAAGGCAUGGGUCAAGGUGUUGUGCGUGAGUGGUUUGAUAUUCUGUCUAAUGAGAUAGUCAAUCCUGAUUAUGCAUUGUUUACCCAGUCAGCUGAUGGAACAACUUUUCAACCUAAUAGCAACUCCUAUGUAAAUCCCGAUCACUUGAACUAUUUCCGGUUUGCUGGACAGAUCUUGGGAUUAGCUCUGAACCAUAGGCAGCUGGUGAACAUUUACUUCACGAGAUCAUUCUACAAGCACAUUCUUGGUAUUCCUGUGAAUUACCAAGAUGUGGCAUCCAUUGAUCCAGAAUAUGCCAAAAAUUUGCAGUGGAUUUUAGAUAAUGAUAUUAGUGAUUUGGGUCUAGAACUAACUUUUUCUGUUGAGACUGAUGUGUUUGGAGCAAUGGAAGAGGUGCCUUUGAAACCUGGGGGUGGAAGUAUUCUUGUAACACAAAAUAACAAAGCGGAGUAUGUCCAGCUUGUCACUGAACUUCGAAUGACAAGAGCCAUUCAGCCUCAGAUUAAUGCUUUUUUACAGGGCUUUCAUAUGUUCAUUCCACCUUCCCUCAUACAACUUUUUGAUGAAUAUGAAUUGGAGCUACUGCUUUCUGGCAUGCCAGAAAUUGAUGUGAGUGAUUGGAUAAAAAAUACUGAAUACACAAGUGGCUAUGAAAGAGAAGAUCCAGUUAUUCAGUGGUUCUGGGAAGUUGUGGAAGAUAUUACUCCAGAGGAGAGAGUUCUUCUGUUGCAGUUUGUUACUGGCAGUUCCAGGGUCCCACAUGGUGGAUUUGCUAAUAUCAUGGGUGGAAGUGGAUUGCAGAACUUUACAAUUGCUGCUGUGCCAUAUACUCCAAAUCUUCUACCGACUUCAAGCACAUGCAUCAACAUGCUCAAGUUACCUGAAUACCCAAGUAAAGAAAUACUCAAGGACAGGCUUCUUGUGGCACUACAUUGUGGCAGCUAUGGUUACACAAUGGCAUAAUGAAGUCUGGAAAAUUCAUCUGACUGCUGAUGUGCAGUGCAGAGUCGCAGAAGUAAUUUAGGAAACCGUCAACAGAAAAGCAGCCUAAAUGCAGCCCACAGGCAGGGCUGAUAUUUAAAAUUCAUAAAGGAUCAGGUUUUCUUUCUUCCCCGUCUCUUUUCCCUUUUAUGUUUUCUCAGUUUGUGAUACAAUUAGAACAUAUAAAUCACAGUAGUCUUCAUUUAAAAAAUGCUAAUUGAAAAUAGUAGAAACUCCUUUUUCAUAUUUCUUUAAUAUUAUCCAAGAGUGUGUUAGGGCAGAAUCUUAUUCUACAUUCCAUGUCUGCUAUGUAACUGUUCUGUUAAAAAGGUGUUGUCUCCUUUAUUUUUCUAUAUAGUAAAUUAAUUAGGACAUCCAGCUUGGUAUGUCCUAUUGCAUGUAAAGUGCCGUUUAUAUUUUGGAAAACUGUUGUAUAGAAUGGAUUAAUUUACAUUGUGUAUAAAGCCACAAAUAUGUAUUUUCCCAUAUUGAAUCUAUAUUGCAGUGAUGUUUUCUAGCCUUUCAGUAUUUUAAUAUGUAAAGUUUAGACUGAUGUGACUAAUAAACAGCUGAUGUAGUGACAUCUAAUUUAUAUAUUAAAGCUUAUGCUAUAUUGUAUGAAUUAUUUGCAUCUUUCAGUGGUCAGUUUUUCACAUACAUAUAUUGUCUCAAAGUUUUUCUUAUGCCUUAUUUUAAUUUAUAUUUUAGAUAAAAUUAAAAUACGAUAUUUUACUGGG